AUGUCGGGCACGGUUGAGAAGCGCGAUGGUGCUGUCUCAGACAGUUCCAUCUCCAAGAAGCAGGCCGACUCGUCGCAGGAUAACAGUGUCAUGGGAAAUGAAAUCUACGGUGAAAUCACCGAGUACGACGAAAACCUGUCGCGCGCCGACCUCGAAAAGCAAAAAACCGCCCAGGGGGAGGCGCAUUUCAGCCGUCUCGGCUGGAAGCGCCUCACCAUUAUCCUCAUUGUCGAAGCCAUCGCCCUCGGCUCUCUCAGCUUGCCCAAGGCCUUUGCCAACCUCGGCAUGGUUGCCGGUACCAUCGUCUCCGUUGGACUUGGUCUCUUGGCCAUCUAUACCUCUGACGUCGUUGGUCAGGUCAAGAUCAAGUUUCCCGAAGCUGCCCACUAUGCUGAUGCCGGUCGCCUCAUUGCCGGUCGCUUUGGUUAUGAAGUGAUUGGUGCCAUGUUUGUCCUGCAGCUCAUCUUUCUGGUUGGUUCUCACUGUUUGACGGGCACCAUUGCUUUUGGAAACAUCAUCGACAUUACCAAGACUGGCACCUGCUCGCUAGUUUUCGGUGGUGUGUCUGCCAUUAUCCUACUCAUCUUAGCCAUUCCUCCGUCCUUUGCCGAAGUUGCCAUUCUCGGAUACAUCGACUUUGUCUCCAUUGUUCUGGCCAUUGGCAUCACCAUCAUUGCCACCGGUGUCCAGGCUUCCAAGUCGCCUGGUCUGCACAACGUGCCGUGGUCUGCUUGGCCCAAAGAGGACCUUAGCUUUGCUGACGCCUUCAUUUCCGUCACCAACAUUGUAUUUGCCUACUCCUUCUCCAUCUGCCAGUUCUCUUUCAUGGACGAAAUGCAUACGCCAACCGACUACAAAAAGUCCAUCUGGGCCCUUGGUCUCAUCGAAAUAAGCAUCUACUCGCUGACUGGUGCUCUCAUUUACGCCUUUGUCGGUCCUGACGUCAAGUCUCCUGCUCUACUGUCCGCCGGCGACACCGUCUCGCGAAUUGCUUUUGGUGUCGCCCUGCCUGUCAUUUUUAUUUCCGGCUCCAUCAACACCACUGUCGUCGGCCGGUACAUUCACGGCCGUGUCUACAAAAACUCGGUCACGCGCUACAUCAAUACGCCCAAGGGCUGGGCCACUUGGUUGUUUCUUGUCUUUGCCGUCACUGUCUUGGCCUUUAUCAUUGCCGAGUCUAUUCCUUUCUUCUCGGAUCUACUAUCGAUAUCUUCGUCGCUCUUCGUCUCCGGCUUCACCUAUUACUUUCCUCCCAUCAUGUGGGUUAUGCUCAUCAAGGAAGGUCCUGUCUGGGCUCCCCACAACCGCGUUAAGGCUUUGCUCAACCUGCUAGCCUUUGUCGUUGGCCUCGUUGUGCUGGUCGGAGGCACUUACUCUAGCAUCGUUGACAUUAUGCACAACUACAGUCUCGGCAAUGUUGGCAAGGUUUUUACUUGCGCGCCCAUCGGAUAA